GAGCAGGAUCUGCAGACUUUCGCGGCCGCAAAAACGCCGCAUUCGUUCGCUCCGGAACAAACGCAGCGCGUGCGGCCGUCCCCUCGUGGCGCAGAGAAGCACCGGGCAGCGCAAAUCCGCAGCCCUUACGCGCAGACGAGGCGCCCGACACAUAGAUGCCAGACCUGGCUUCCCUGCUGGGCACCGUCGGCGGCGCGGUGCUGGCGGUCUAUCUGAUACGGUUGUACAGAGAACGGUGCACGCGAACGGGGUGGCUCCGGUCUGGCCAGGAGGCGUCGCAUCGAUUGCAUCGCGCGUAGUCGCGAGCCCUCUGGAUAUGGCUGUCCGACGCCUGGUCGCGACGCUGACCCUCUGCGCCGUCGGCGCAACCGACUCGUGCGGGACCGCCGCCGGCUGGGAGCUCCUCGACGCGAACCGCACGGCGCUGGUCGUCAUCGACGCGCAGCAGAACUUCCUCGACAAGCUGCCGCUCGCCCAGCGCGCCAGCCUCGUCGAGCGCAUCGCCUUCGUGAUGAAGGUCGCGAAGGCGAUGGAGCUGCCCAUCCUCGCGACGGCCGAGGACUACGCCGAGGGAGGAAGCAACCCGCCGAUGCACCCUUCACUAAGUGCGCUGCUGCCCGCGGGCACGCGCGUCUGGAACAAGUUGGUCUGGAAUCUCUACGGGCAGCCGGACAUCCGGGCCGCCGUCGACGCGGUCGCCGCGGCGCGCGGCGUCGAUACGUUCAUCCUCGUGGGCCUGGAGACGGACGUGUGCGUCGCGCAGUCGGCCCUGGGCCUAAAAUCCGCUGGCUAUCGCGUCGUCGUCGUCGAGGACGCCGUCGCCACGCCGCCGCCCCACCACGCCGCCGGCAUGCUGCGAAUGCGCGACGCGGGCGUGACCCUCACAAACGCCAAGGGCGUGUACUACGAGCUCGUGCGCGACGUCCCUACCGUCGCGCGCGUGGCCCGCGAGAUCGGCGGCGCGCCGGUCGUGGGCGAGGACGCGGCGCCGAUCGAGGGCUGCGCGAGCGACUACACGCUGUGAGAGG